AUGGGCAGCGUGAGGGGGCCCGGUGGGGCCGCCGUGCGUGCGGUGCUGUCGGUGGCCGCCGGGCUGCUGGCGUGCGGCGUGGCCAGCGAGUACGACUAUGUCAGCUACCAGUCAGACCUGGGCCCUUACCCUGGCGGGCGCUUCUACGCCAAACCCCACCAGUGCGUGGCCAUCCCCGCCGACCUGCGGCUGUGCCACAGCGUGGGCUACGACAAGAUGGUGCUGCCCAACCUGCUGGACCACGAGACCAUGGCCGAGGUGAAGCACCAGGCGAGCAGCUGGGUGCCGCUGCUCAACAAGAAUUGCCAUAUGGGCACCCAGGUCUUCCUCUGCUCCCUGUUUGCCCCCGUCUGCCUGGACCGGCCGGUCUACCCGUGCCGCUGGCUCUGCGAGGCCGUGCGUGACUCCUGCGAGCCUGUCAUGCAGUUCUUUGGCUUCUUCUGGCCAGAGAUGCUCAAGUGUGACCAGUUCCCCCAGGACGACGUCUGCAUUGCUAUGACAGCUCCCAAUGCCACCGAGGUCUCCAGGCCCAAAGGAACCACCGUGUGUCCCCCUUGUGACAAUGAGAUGAAGUCAGAGGCCAUCGUGGAGCACCUGUGUGCCAGCGAGUUUGCUCUGAAGAUGACCAUAAAGGAAGUGAAGAAGGAGAACGGGGACAAGAUGAUCAUUCCACGCAAGAGGAAGGCGCUGAAGCUGGGGCCCAUCCGCAAGAAGAACCUGAAGAAGCUGGUGCUGUUCCUGAAGAACGGGGCAGACUGUCCCUGCCACCAGCUGGACAACCUCAGCCACCACUUCCUCAUCAUGGGCCGCCAGGUGAAGACCCAGUACCUGCUGACAGCCAUCUACAAGUGGGACAAGAAGAACAAAGAGUUCAAGAAGUUCAUGAAGAAGAUGAAGUCGCCCGACUGCCCCACGUUCCCGUCCGUGUUCAAGUGAUGCCCUGGCUGCAGGAGGGAGGGAGAGCCCCUCCCUGGACCUGCCCAGGUGGGCACAGCGGCUCCAUCUCGCUGCUCCGCUGCAGGGAUGCUGGAGCCCAGCCCUCCUGCUGCUCCAUCCUGCUCCUCACAGCUCCCUCAGCCCUCCCAAAGCUUGGCCCGAUGGCCUGGGCACGUGCUGCAAGCAGUGGCUGAGCUCACACACCAUUUCUGACUGCAUUGGUAAAGACCUGUUAUUGUACAGACGUUGAAAUAGCAGCUGUCAGGUGAAGAGGGCGAGCAGAGGGCUGGGAGGUGAUGUUAAGAGCUUGCAUGCUUGCAGAAAGGACCCUCGUGGAGCACAUCACUCCCAUCUUCAUGGCUGCAGGAUUGCCCUGAAUUCCUGUAGGAACCAGAGCUGGCUGAUUAGACAGAGAUCCUAUCUUCAUGAUCAAAGUUAAUAAAUGAGUAGUGGAGAACCCAUUACAACCUCUGAUAAGAAUUCCUAGUAGCUAAUUGCCCUCACUGUAAAAACAUCCCCAUUAUAGUCUUAACCUGUUUAGUUUAAGCCUUACCCCUGGUUCCUUGUGGUGCCUUGUUGGGCUGGAGCCCUCCCUCACCAGCAUCUCUUGUGAUGUCCCCCUGGGUGCCUGCCUUGGCAUCUGCUGUGCCAGCUGAGCCCCUGGCAGCCUUUGAGCCUCCUCACUGUGCAGUGUGUUGGUGCACUGGCAUGGGGAGCAGGGGCAGAGGGGGCUCUGUGCCUCCACCUGUGCCUUUGGCCUUGAGCAGGCCCCUGUCUCAGCAGU